GACGCAAAAGCCGGGCGGUACGACGCAAAAGCCGGGCGGUACAACACAAAAACCGGGCGGUUCGACGCAAAAGCCGGGCGAUACAACACAAAAGCCGGGCGGUACAACACAAAAGCCGGGCGGCACAACGCAAAGACCGGGUGAUACAACACAAAAGCCGGGCGGUACAGCAAAAAAUCCAGGAGAUACGACGCAAAAGCCGGGCGGUACAACACAGAAGUCGGGCGGUUCGACGCAAAAGCCGGGAGGUACAACACAGAAGUCGGGCGGUUCGACGCGAAAGCCGGGGGAUACAACACAAAAGCCAGGAGAUACGACGCAAAAGCCGGGGGAUACGACGCAAAAGCCGGGGGAUACGACGCAAAAGCCAGACGAUAAGGGACCCAAAUUUUCAUCGGAUCUUUACGAAUUCGACAUGGUCAAGAAUUUUCCUGGGAAUUUGAAAAUCACGUUAUUACCAAAAGCUGUGGACUCUGAUGAAAACGCUGUUGUAUUUUACAAUUUAUCGGUAGAGGGUCUAACGGUGUUUGACAUUGACAAAUCAACUGGGGACAUUACCACAAAGAUCAGCUGUAGCCAGGCCUGCAUUCUGACAAACAGCACACAGUUCGAGUUUCACCUCAUGGCAUAUAACGAAGCAGAUCCGUCUGCAGAGGGCGAUUCUAUAUUAAUCAGAAUACGAUUGGUCGAGAGAAUCACUCCUCCCGCGCUCCCUGGCGGCAACAAGCCUACCACCAACGUACUUCCUGCCAGAGGCGGAACUUCAGAAGAACCGGUUCUUUCAGUAGGGGAGGUUGUAGCCAUUGUAGUGGUCGUCUGUCUCUUCCUCUUCAUCGUAUUUGUCAUCAUCCUCGUCUUACUCCUCAGAAGAGGCUCAACCCAAAGGAAGAAAGACAGAAUCGACUUCAAUCCUUCUCAUCAUGCAGUUAGGAAAAUCGAGAAUGAAGUUCCAUGAAGAGACUGGUAAAGUCAGAUAUUCUUACAAUGCUGGAGUCUUGACAAAAUGGUUCAUCUAUGACGUCAUGCAGACAUGCACAUGAAGUGACGUGGACGAUGGUGAGAAAGGGAAGCGUGGCACCCUAACGCUCAUGUUUGUCUGUUAACUGUGCGUACGCCAGAGUUCUAACCAUACAAUUACCAUCGUCCUAUGUUUGAUGUAUACAACCUUAUGAAUUUGAUUUUAAACUUCGUCGUUUUGAAGUAUUCUAACGAAACAUGGAAAGAAGUGAACAUGUGCGCUGUCGUCGUUUAAAUUCGGCGUAUGGUGGAUUCAAGAUUUCGAGGGAUUUAUUGAACUUGUGCUGUAGCAAUACUGAAGUUGCGACCUCAGAGAGUGCGCCUAAGGUGACGUCAGACCUUCAUAUGGGACAAUGACGUCAUGUUCAGGCCUUUAUCUAGGUCCGGACAAACUGCUUCUCUAAAGAGUACAUCAUGUGAGGUAGCAUUGGCUUUUUCCUUACCCCAAAUGUGCUUCCACUCAUUUGGAAGUUUCAGGUAAAAAUAAAUAAAGCCUCUUGGUCCCUAAGAAUACAAAAUUAAGUUUACUGAACGACAUAGAAGAAAUCAUGCAAACGCCGAAACCUGAUCGCUGAACUAGAGAUUGGUCCGUAUUUGCUUUUUUAUUAGCGAUACAUUUGUUGCUAAUGGAACACGGAAAGGAUGUUCCAGUUGAUUGGUAGCUAUCUAUACAGCAAUACAUGCACAUUCUCCAAUUAGUAAAAUGAUAAUCAAUAUUAUAUUGUUAGAUUUGAUGUGAAUAGUCAAUAUUAUGAUGUUAGUACCAUUAGGAGUAGUCAUAUGGUUACCAUUAGGAGUAGUCAUAUGGUUACCAUUAGGAGUAGUCAUAUGGGUACCAUUAGGGGUAUUCAUAUGGUUACCAAUAGGGGUGGUCAUAUGGCUGUCAUUAGGGGUAGUCAUAUGGUUACCAUUAGGGGUAUUCAUAUGGUUACCAUUAGGGGUAGUCAUAUGGUUACCAUUAGAGGUAGUCAUUUGGUUACCAUUAGGAGUAGUCAUAUGGUUACAAUUAGGGGUAUUCAUAUGGUUACCAUUAGGGGUAGUCAUAUGGUUACCAUUAGGGGUAGUCAUGGUUACCAUUAAG